CGAAAGAAAGGCAGAAGUCGCAUCUGUGGGACCCAAUAGCAAGGGCAAUAGAGCCAAUAGGCUCUCUCUCCGUCCCUCCCCAUCGCCUCUCUCUGGGCCGUCCGAUUGAAAUCGAAACGCUUAAUCUCGCUCACCUCUGUCCCUUUCUCUCACUCGGAUUGGCAGCUCUGCGCUGAGACUGAGAGCAGCCCCGAGCUCAGUUCUUUCUCUGAGGUUGAGAAAUCCUUUCUUCCUACGUGCUCUCUCAUUUUGUGCGUUACAUUUCCCCCUUUUCUUUUUCUUUUUCUUUUUCCCUCUCUCUCUCUCUCUUUCUUUUUCUGUGGUCUCUGAAGCGACGGGGCCACCGGGGACGGGAAAUCUGUGGUUUCUGUUACAGAGAAGAAUCGAGUGCCAUUUGUUGCGGCUCCGACGAUAUCGUGGAUAGAGCAAAACUGAUUUAUUUACUUUGCUCUCUUGUUUCUUACUUCCUUUCUCUCUUGUUUUCUGUAGCGGCAGUGAAUUCUUUACUUUGCUUGUAAGCUGCAAUUUGCUGCAAAACGGACUUGCAUUCCUCUCCCGCCGGAUCUUCAUCGGGAUCCGCUCUCUUCCUUCCCCCCGAAUUAAAGCGACCUUCCAUUACGUGAGCCACCGCCUUCUCAUUCUCCUCGGUUUCCCGUCGGUAUGCUCUCUCUCUCUCUCUCUCUCUCUCUCUCUCUCUCUCUCUCUCUCUCUCUCUCUCUCGGCGUAUUUUCUUUGCACCUGUUUGGUUAUCGAGAAAAUAAACGGACUGUGCAAAAUGGCGAUGAAAUUGUUGAAGACGAGCUUCAGAACUUAGCCUACAUUAUUUGCGAAUCGAAGUUUACUGGAAACUCAGAGCGCAUUCAGCCGCUUGACGAUUUCCUUGUCACCUAUUUUCUUGUCGCCCAAACAGAAUCACUUCACCUAAUUUUUGCCUCGCUCAGUGGAUUAGCUCUGUUUAGAUCUAUCUAGGGGCGUAAAUUGUGUUCCGAACCUGGGAUAUGGCGAGACCUGCGAGAAACGGAACCACAAUUCGUGCGCAAUUGGGAGAGAGAUGCUUUCCAAUCAUAGAACUGUUUGCCCAUAAUUAUUUUCUAGUUUGCGUGACCUUUAAUCAAACGCUCUUUUUCUGCUAUCUUCCUGUGUUCUUUAUGACCAGAAGUUCGUUUUAGCAUAAAGCAGGGAAGAUAUGGUUUUUUGUGCGAAAGGAGAUGGUCGGCUUGUAUACGAGAAGCCUACGGAGCUAUGGACUCUCGUUUUUCCCCCUUUCCUUUUUGUCCGUUGAUUGAAUGAUUAGCAAUCUGUCUUCUAGUACAAGCUGAAUUCGAUGGAGGGCGUCAUUGGUUAAACAUUUUUUUGCUGGUUUACACUUCAUUAGGUAGCUCAGUUGCUUUGUGUACUUCGAAAUUUGAGUUGCGGAGCUGCUUCCGAUGCCUUCAACUUUCCCUUGUUCAUACUGUUGUAGGUACCAUGUUACAUUAAAGUAUGGAGAAAGCUAACACACGACCUGCUUUUCGGCCCAGUAGUUAUCCCUCAAAACCUUCCAGGGAGAUGCAGUUGAGUCUGGAUGUGAACAAAAUCCCAAGAAGACGGCGAAAUCCCAAGAUUGACCAGGAAAGCGACCACCAAGUUCAAGCUAACCAGACUGUGAAGUAUCAUGAUGAGAAGCUAAAAGGAAAAAAUUCUGUUUUUCAGCCUUCCGGUGAUGUCCGGAAUGAACUCCCUCAAUCUGCAAAUAAUGGGAGAUCAAUCUAUUCAAAAACCUUGGGGAAGAGCCAACAGAGGCCCGUCAGGACGACAGCCAGGUCACAAAGUGAGGAGCUUGUGAGGUACAUGUCGAAUGUGCCUGGUUUUCUCCAGCGCAUGGAUAAAGGGGAGAACAUACAGGAUAAGGCUUUGAAUGUAGGAGUCCUUGACUGGGGUCGUUUGGAAAAGUAUAAGGGGAAUCAAAAGCUUGUCGCUCAUGGUGGAGGCAAUAGUCGAUUGUCAGCUAGUGGUAUGUCAAAUGUGCGGGCGCCUUCUUUUCUCAGUGUGGAUGCCGGUGGAAGUUCUUCGCAUUACUCCAGUCAUAAAAUGCAUCAGGCUGAUGGGAGUUCCAAAACUCUCAAACCAUCUUUGCAUAAGUUCAGUCGAUCUCAGGAUUUCGAAUCAACUUCCAAGAGCUGUUUGAUCGGGCAGAAAGUAAACGGCAUGAACUACAGUUCAUUUGGGAGGAAUAGCAUGAAUCCAGCAGUUAGAGAGAAGGUAAAGAGAAGCGACUUGGAUCAGAAAGACCCUCCGAAAGUGUUGGUUAGCUCACUUGAUUCAGCAUAUGGUGAAGAAAGGAGAUACCAAACAAUGCUAACUUCAGACAAAAAAGUGGAAAGAGAUCGGGUCAUCUCAUCCAGCAGCUUUGGAGCUCCAUCAUUGAAAUCCAUAAAUUGUGAUGUUUCACUCUUAUCAAAGGACAAGAAGUCGGGUAACAGGGAAGUGAGAAACAAAGCAGGGGAAAGAGCAUCACAAGAAUCAUCUCUGGCUUCCGCAUCUGAAGAUGGAGAGAAAGUUGUUCUUCUUGUACCAAGAAAAUGUGCAGGAAGUAGCUUUUCUGAGGAGCAAAGAGCACCCUUGCCUCCUGGAGUCGACCCUAGCAGUGGCACCAACCCCUGCAAGGUUGGAGAACAGUCAUGUACUGUGCAUUGCGCAGGAUCGUCUUCUGCAAAACCCAUUACUAAGCCGCCAUCUCUGGAAAACUUAAAGGUCACAAACGGAUAUGAUUUGGAAAGUCAAAAUGCUAUAGACGAAGAAGCAGCCGAUGGGGUCGCUAGAAAAGACAGGGAUCCCUCUCCGAACAGGCGGUUCACCUUCAACUUAGGUCGGUUGACCAGAAGUUUCAGCUUAAAGGAAAGUUCUACACCACUACAAUUUAGCUCCGGCUAUGAGUCUGUAAAAUCUGGCCCCGUGACAUCCCAAAGUUCAGUUGGCUUGGAUAUCCCUAAAGCAGAGAAGGAUGGUGGUCCUAGCAGAGCAAGAUCAAGCCCCUUGCGAAGAAUAUUGGACCCACUCUUUAAGUCCAAGGCUUCGAGUUCAUCCCGUUUAUCCGAACGGGAGAAGUCGAAAGAGAAUCCCCCCAAUCCCUUGGAGUGGAGGCAGCUAGAAUCUGUACAGAGCGAAGUGCAUGAGGCGUCAUACACCCAGGCUAUUCUGCAGGUAUCAGUUAAAAAUGGGCUUCCUCUGUUCAAGUUGCUGGUUGACAAUGCCGAUGGCAAAGCCAACAUUCUGGCAGCCACCAAGAAUCUCCCGUCACCAAGCAAGAGCAGUUCAGGAUGCAGCAGCUACACAUUCUAUGCGAUUGAGGAAAUCAAGAAAAGGAGUGGUGGCUGGAUGUUAAACCCAGGUAGUAACAAAAGAGGAUGUGACUACACGUACAAUGUGAUUGGCCAAAUGAAUAUCAACUCUUCUCCCCUGCUGGGCUUAACUGGAGAGAAUCUCACCGGCCACGAGUUUGUUAGUGAGCAUGUUCUGUUUGGCUUGGAGAAAGGGGAGGCAUCAACCAAGUCAAGGUCAGGUCGAGAGCUUGGAGCUGUCGUGGUGAGAACACAUAGUGGUAACAUUGCCCUAAAGCAGAAGCAGCAGAGGGAUGACGAUGAACAAUGCAGUAGUAGCGUGACAGUGAUACUUCCAGCUGCUGUACAUGGCUUGCCAGCCAAGGGAGCUCCUUGGCCGUUGAUCCAAAGAUGGAGAUCCGGCGGAUCAUGUGAUUGUGGAGGGUGGGACAUCGGCUGUGGACUAUGCGUCCUAUCGGCGACAGCCCCAGUGGCAUCUAAUGGUUUUCAACUUUUUGCAGAGGGAGGAGGUAAAGAGGAGAAGAAGCCAGUCUUCGUCCUGGGACAAGUGGAGAAGGGGAUGUACUCUGUUGAAUUCAAUCGGCGAAUAUCUUUGCUUCAAGCCUUCUUCAUUUCCGUGAGCGUCGUUCGCUCCCAGAAAGCGUCUGAUCUCGUGGAACAAGCAAGCUUCGCAAAUGAACCAGCAACUGCAAAAUUUGCCCCGUGCCCGCCCCUUUCUCCUGUGGGAAGAGUCUAGAUCACAUCACACUAUGAUUUUGUGUCUGGCCAAACUCAUUGUCCUUUGUACAAACCAUGGAAUGAAUAAACAUUACCAAAAGAA